GUGGCCAUCUUGAGCUCAAAGUAAUAAAGGAGCAAUUACUUCAAAGCGGCGUUUCUCAGCUGAGCUUCUGCUAUGGAUUUUCAGUUGUUCCAAUUGAAGUUUGCCACAGCUUCAGGGUGGAAGAAAUGGCUGGUUGGUUUUCACUAGGUGGGGGAGGUGGCAGUGGAAGUGGAACCCACCAGCAACAGCAACCACCCAGUCAUAUUCCUCCGAGGAGCAGGAGCAGCAGCAGCAGUAGCAGCCUAUUCCUAUUCAGGAACGGAGGAGAUCAGAUCUCAUUUAAUAGCAAUAAGGGUUUCGAGCUAUGGCAACUUCAUCAUCUUCAUCAUCAACAACAACAACAACCGCUGCAAGAAAACAUCUGCUCGGCAUCAUUGUCCGAUGAGUUGAGUUGCAGAGGGAGAGCAACAACAUCAGAAACAAUUGUGAGCAGUGUGAUAAGUACAACGAUGAGGCAAGGAGCUGGAGGAGGAACGAGCUGUCAAGACUGUGGGAACCAGGCCAAGAAAGAUUGCAUCCAUAUGAGGUGCAGGACUUGCUGUAAGAGCCGAGGGUUUCAGUGCCCGACCCACGUUAAGAGCACUUGGGUCCCUGCUUCUAGAAGGCGUGAGCGCCAGCAACAGCUCACCGCUAUUCAGCAACACCACCACCACCACCCCCAUCACCAACAACAACAACAGGAGCUCCUCCGAGGGUUGGAAGUGGGUAACUUUCCGGCAGAAGUGAAUUCUCCGGCAGUGUUUCGUUGCGUGAGAGUGAGCUCUAUUGAUGAAGCAGACGACCAGUAUGCAUAUCAGACAGCUGUGAACAUUGGAGGGCAUGUCUUCAAGGGUAUCCUCUAUGAUCAAGGCCCUGAAGUCCAUCAUUACGGUCCUGGAGAAAGCUCCUCCGCAGGUGGUGGAGGAGGAGGAGGUCCUCAUAAUCUCAUUACGGCAGCUACCACUACUGCUACAGUUGCUAUGACAACAAGCACAAGCGCAGCAGCAGCAGCAGCAGCAGCAAUGCUUGAUCCUUCUUCUCUAUACCCACCAACACCCCUCAGCGCUUUCAUGGCCGGUACGCAAUUCUUCCCACCCCCAAGAUCUUGAACUUAGGAGCUUGGCGGCACUUACUUCUUCCCCCUAAACCUUUCUUCUUUCC